AUGCAUAUUCCGUUGUUGGGCAGACUUUCACUUACUGAGUGGCCGCUCGUGGCCAUCUCGCUAUUGCUUUCCUGGCUCGAGUACAUCUCCAAUUUGAUCACUCGGUUGCUCCCUCCCACGGCAAUCAACCUCAUGUCGUACACUUUGCAAGUUGUUUACAGCUUCACCGCGUCCCCGAUCCGAUUCAUCUCCUCUGGAGGUGAUCUACUGAGCGACGGAAUGCCCGACAUCAAGUACAGGUACUUGCUGAGCGGGCACGAGUUUGAUAAGGUUAAGUACGAUCGAAUGACCGCUCUACUCAACGCUAAGGAUAUCCUGGAGAUGUGCGCUGUGUUUGGAUAUCGUGUGGAGCUGAGGGUCAUCAGAACCACAGAUGAUUAUUUGCUUACUGUUCAGAGAAUCUCGAGGCCAAACGCUGGGCCUAGAAACGGAAAAGUCAUAUACAUGCACCAUGGGCUUCUUAUGUGCUCGGAAAUCUGGGUCACCAUGAUCGAUAAGGACGCAAACUUGCCGUUUGUCCUCUAUGAGUUGGGCUACGACGUGUGGCUUGGGAACAACAGAGGAAACAAGUAUUCUCACAAACAUCUAAGACACAAGUUGAACCUGGAGAAGUUCUGGGAUUUUUCUUUGGACGAAUUUGCCUUCUACGACAUCCCAAACACCAUUAAUUAUAUUCUUGAAGCUACACAGAAGGAGUCUUUGAUCUACGUUGGAUUCUCGCAGGGAACGGCGCAGGCGUUUGCUAGUGUUUCUGUGAAUCCUGACUUGAACAAGAAGAUCGAGCGCAUCGUUGCCAUAUCACCUGCUACAACUCCUCACGGCCUCUACCUGAGGCUUCUAGACAUCAUGCUUAAAUCUAGUCCCGUAUUUGUGUACUUGCUUUUCUCAAGAAAGGUGCUCAUGCCCAGUGUUUUAUUGUGGAACAGAAUCAUGUACCCUCCCUUCUUUGACACCAUGAUCGAUGUUUCAAACUACGUCUUGUUCAACUGGAAAGCUCUCAAUAUCGACAAGCUUCAGAAAAUCAGUUCUUAUGCUCACUUGUACUCAACCACCUCAGUCAAGACUGUCGUCCACUGGUUUCAGAUCAUCUCGUCGAAAAAGUUCCAGAUGUACCACGACGACUCGAAUCUCUCAGCACUUAAUCCUAUCGAGUAUCCAUUGAAAAACAUCGACGUUCCAAUCUACUUAAUCUACGGUGACUCCGAUCUGUUGGUGGACAUAGAGGUGAUGGAGAACCAGUUGCCUAAGAAGUACACUACAUCAUACCCUGUGGCUGGCCAUGAACAUUUAGACAACUUGUGGGGUAGAGAUGCUGCUUCUGUUGUGUUUCCAUUGGUUUUGCAGUCUCUUGACGUGCCCAUUGCCAAUGGCAGUAAGUAA